UGCUGAAAUUACCAAUGCCUGUUUUGAGCCAUCCAAUCAGAUGGUAAAGUGUGACCCACGUCAUGGCAAAUACAUGGCUUGCUGCCUGCUGUACCGUGGUGAUGUAGUACCUAAGGAUGUGAAUGCAGCUAUAGCGACAAUCAAGACCAAGAGAACCAUUCAGUUUGUGGACUGGUGUCCAACUGGCUUCAAGGUGUGUGAGACUUUAUUGACAAAAAAAGUUUAUGUUGACUUAAGUGCUUACUUAGCAGAAUGAACUUAAGACUAGUUUAAAUUUAAAUUUUCAGGUUGGCAUCAACUAUCAGCCUCCCACAGUUGUUCCUGGUGGUGACUUGGCCAAGGUUCAGCGUGCUGUUUGUAUGUUGAGUAACACCACAGCUAUUGCUGAGGCCUGGGCCCGUCUGGAUCACAAGUUUGAUCUGAUGUAUGCCAAGCGUGCUUUUGUCCACUGGUAUGUAGGUGAGGGUAUGGAGGAAGGAGAGUUCUCUGAGGCUCGUGAAGAUUUGGCUGCACUGGAGAAGGAUUACGAGGAAGUGGGUGUGGAUUCUGUUGAGGCAGAGGGUGAAGAGGAAGGAGACGAAUACUAAAUACUCAUGAUUUGAGAAAAAGUGUGUUUGGAAUUACACAUUCCUAAUAAAAGCUUGAGUUGACCUCUAACCUAAUGUGUGUCUUUAAUUAGGAGAGUUAUUUUUCUUUUUUGUUUGAUUUAUGUCAAGAGAGCUUAUGUGUCACUUAUUUCCCCUACAUUUCAUAUGACAGUUUCCUUAGUAUCUUGUAGCCCCAAAAAUAAGAUUAAAAACAAUGCAUACCAAACUACUCAAUAUUGAAGUAAAUGUGCUAACAAUAUAAUGGAAAAUGUACUUUUGAGUUUCUUUUGUAUCGGUUUUCUUUCUAGUGGCUUGAAUUUCAUAAUCAGCUGGCCUUUUGACGAAAUAUGGACGGGUUUUUUUGUUUGCUGGAUAGAACUGAUCUACGCAGUGUCCUGAUAAGAGAGAGCAAAACAAUUCAAUAUCGAUUGGUCUUUUCCUUGUUUUGACGAACCAAAAACGUCAAAUUUCAUUUCAGAUGAGGCACAAUACCAUAAAGCUCAACUGAAAACAGGAAAUUUCCCAGUAGUUUCUUUUUCUUGCUUCCUGCGAAACAGUGUCCUGAAAUGACGCCACAAUCAGUUCGUAACCAGAACUCUAUAGCCCUUCGGAACGGUUGCGGUUUUCGUGAAAACAAGGGUUUGUGCCCCUGGUUUGUGCCUUGUGGGGAUUUCUUAGUCUCGCGGGCUCACAACACCUUUCUUAGGUCGAUCUUAUUUUGUGUCUGCCUUCAUUUACCUGCUCCAGCCUCACGACCGAUAGCCAGGCUUCGAGCUAGUUGGGAAAGCGCGAAAACCUUGGGCGAACUUUUGAGAGACGGGUAGGUUGAGCCUGCAAGCAUUGUUUUCAAUACCUCAUUCCGGUAUACUAUCUUUUCACUCACGUGGCCAGCAUUUAUGCAAAUUUAUUGGAACAAAAGAGGGCGUUUGCAUGUUUGAGGAUUGGUUUGGGAAACCAACAUGGGGUUUCAUUGUUUUGGGACAACCUCCGUGACGUCAGGAUCCAUAAUUUUGGUUUGGGAAAAUGGGGAAUAAACCUCCAGGAUCCUAAUAUUGGGGUGAAUACUGCCUCCUCCCUCCCCCUCCACCGCACACACACACCCCACGCUGUUGUCGCUUUCGUCUCAUAAAAGUCACAACAGUACAUAUUGUACGUAUUGUAAACGUGAAAGCGAGGAGAUGCACGUAGUCCUUCGCAGGGGCUCCCGCUCGGUACUCCAAUGAAAAUAGCGCAUAAAAAAAGCUCGCGGUGGACGAUGGGAAGAGGGAAAAGGUGUGAGCCUCUCUUUUUCUUCACAUCGUCACUCCCAUCAUUUUUUCCUCUCCCCAGUCUCCCUUCGACAAAAACUCGCCGUGGAGAUGAUGUACCAAUCUUUCACGAUCACAUACAAAUGAAAAGAGACGACUGUGAACGAGUCUGUGGUCUGAUAUGCCACAAAUACUAUUCUGGACCUAAUCAGAAAUAUUGUAACAUAAAAAACUGAGAGAGAAGGAGAUUGGAUAUUGGACAAAAGAUGUAUAGACACUAGGUACAAAAGCUGUUAAUAAACUGUUAGUAGCAGUAGCGGUAGCAGUAGGUGGUGGUAGUGGUAGUGGUAGUGGUAGUGGUAGCGGUAGCGGUAGCGGUAGCGGUAGCAGUAGCAGUAGCAGUAGCAGUAGCAGUAGGUAGUGGUAGUGGUGAGUGGUAGUGGUAGCGGUAGCGGUAGCGGUAGUGGUAGUGGUAGUGGUAGUGGUAGUGGUAGUGGUAGUAGUAGAAGUAGUAGUAGUAUUGAAAGCACGCGCCUUUUCGCGCCGAGCGCUUUCGAUAACAGUUUGGUCUAGCAUUAGUUUGGUCGGAUAGUGGUCAGUGUCCUCAGCUCAGGACGACCAUGGAAAUCUCCCCGCCAAACUGACGUUGACCAGUCACUUUGGUCUUAGGGUUAAUUUUGACACCGUUCUGAUGCCCUCGGAUCCUACUCACUCUAUCCUGGUUUUUUUUCCUUAAAAAUUGAAGACACUUUGUCCAUCAAGCAUAGUGAAAUGUGUAUGUCAGUUUGGCAUGGAAUCAAGUGACCCAUUUAAUAAAAUAGGCGGUCAGCGGUCAUCGAGCACGAUUGCCGCGAAAUUUAAAGCUCCGUGUUGAAGAUAAAGUUUCUUUCCAAAUUUUCCUCCAUUUUAAUUUUUCCUGUCAAAAUCCUUUAUGUAAACAAUGUCUGCAACUAAGAGAGGAAAACAGAAGCAACAGGAAGAAGUUUCAGAAGAAGAAGACUUCGAAACAUUUGUACGAGAGUCGCUUGGGCAACUGAGCAAAGGUCAGAAACAAAUCAUUCAGUAGCUUUAGAAUAAAUAUAAGAAAAUUCUGUCCAACAGUUAUAGAAUGCUAUUAUUGGAAUGAUAUUCCUUUAUCUAUACGUGAACAAACAACUAAAAAAUUGUUUAAAAGAGCACUUUUCAACUAUUAUCUUGCUCAGUAUUAAUCAUCAUCGCCACACCGACUCCUGAAAUGUUAUUUUUUUUAUGUAUGUGUGUGUAUGUGCUUUUCUUUUUUCCUCUCUUUUGUAUAUUUUUCAUAUAUUUUUCAAAGUUUAUAGGGUUUAUACUUUUCUCUUUUUUUCUCUUUUAACCUAAAUAAAACUGUAAUUUAAUCAAAGGGCAAGUAAUUAGUUUCACUGUAUCCUGCCCUCUCCAUUUAUUCUUGUAACCUGAUAUUUAUUCUACAAAUAGCAUCUUCAUCUUCAAAUCUUGUAAUACAAUAUAAAUUGCUUGUAAAAUAAAUAAAUGGAGGAAAUAAAUAUACAAAAUAAACAAUAAACAAUAAUACCCCUGAAUAUUUUGUUUUGAUUUGUAGAACGCUUUGAGAUAAACCGCGUUUCACCACCACAAUGUUGUAUCACAAAAAAGUGUCAACUGAAAUUUAAUGCUAACUGCCUAGAAGGGACAAUCGACAAGGAGUUCCCUAGGUUUCUUCCCUGGCCCCCCUCGCCAUUUUUAAAGCUGGCUACUUUAUGAACCGGGACCCGUUACGCACACUGAUCUGAACGCUUUAACCGAGUUGGCCUGAUAAUCAUGGCUACAAUUCGACUGGACAAAAGAAGCUUUAAGCAGUUCAUGCUCAGCACUGAACUUAUUUGAUCUUGUUAAAAAUUGUGUAGGCUGAUCAUUUUGGUUGAAAUGGUGGCCGAAUACAUAGUCUACAAACCUUUGCAAUCCUUCCCCCGUUUACUCGUCGAAGGCACGCAUAUGCACAAAAAUGAGCCAAGAGUCCCUCCCACCCCUCCUCGCCAUUUUUUGUAGAUAUUAAGAACAGGUUGAACCGAUGUUGAAGCCGUCUGAUCUGCAAAUGCCCCCACAGAAAACUUCCUUACUAAAGUCUCUUUCAACCUUUGCUGAAAUGGUCUUAAAUUGAGAGUUAUUCUUGCGUGCUUAACGCUCCCAUUCGCCCCACAAAUACCUGCUAUUGUUUAAGCGUUGCGGCUUUUCUCUCGAGGUUUAACCUGUCGAUUUCAAACAAAACAAAUUUGAAGAGAAAAAACAUAAACCCAAAUACUUCAUCGGGAGGUGGCGUUACUACAUAUUCCUGAAGGAAAAAAGUUUUAUCUGACGAAUCUAACGAACGUUGUUACUAAACGGUGAUAUAAAAUGGUAAGAAUUUUUGUAAUUACUGUUAGAAUGUAAGGUGUAAGAUGUAAUAGACGAUAUUGUUUGUUAAUUAGAGCAUAAUCCUUCGAAUUGUAGUGGUAUGUACUUAGCAUCUAACGAAAUUUACUUCAUGGCUAAAACUUCAUCCAGAUCAUUAAGUGAAAAACUUAACAUUAAAAAUAUACGACAAACUACAUAUAAAUGGAAACAGAAUUCUUAGUUCUCUUUUAACUUGUUUUUGUUCAGCGUGAGUGUAUCUCUGUUCAUAUUGGUCAAGCCGGAGUUCAGAUUGGAAAUGCUUGUUGGGAGUUGUACUGCUUGGAGCAUGGAAUUCUGCCUGACGGUCAGAUGCCGAGCGACAAGACUGUCGGCGUGGUAGAUGAUUCCUUUAACACGUUUUUCAGCGAAACCGGCGCCGGAAAACAUGUUCCUCGCGCUGUGUUUAUUGAUUUAGAACCCACUGUAGUCGGUGAGAUGCAUUCUGUAAAUUACAGGUUUUUCUUUUUUAAAAUUCUUUCCUUGUAGACCAUACACAGUUAUUAUAUAUAAACCUAAAAUGAAACAAGUUACUGAAUUUUUGUUUGGCAAAGUAAGUUUAAGAAACAAUUAGAUUUCUGUUUUGGGAAGGGUAACUAUGAGCAUCAGAGCAAAACUAAAAUACCAUUUUCAUGCAGGAUAUUGUCUAUGGGUAGCCGUUGUAACAUUGUUGCGACAAAUACAAAAAAAAUGUGUCAAAAUGUGGACUUAAUGGCAGAAGAGCAAAUCAAAGCAAUACACUCUUUUAGGAGCUCGGGGUCGGCUGCAUGUUUCGUUAUGUUCUUUCCAAUUACUCUGCUAUUUGUCCAAACAUUCAGGAUCGAAUGGACCCUAUGAAUGAUAUGGGUAUUGCUUAAGAUAAAAUCAAAAAGGUAGACAUUCAGUCCAACGGUAUUGACUGUUAGACAGUAGCCAAUUAGAUGUCAAGGGUCUUCAUCCAAAAAAACUCUUUUUUUUCCUUCCGCUCAACCCCCCCGACUUACAAUUGUUUUAAAAAUGACUGAUUCGGGAGAAACAUUCUUGUGGUAACUGGAACGCGAGGCAGGUAUUUUAUUCAGCCUACUCCAGGUGUGACAGAUUCUAAUAGAAUAUGACAGUCAUCCAUUCCUCAGUAUGGGCCUACUAAUAAGAUAUAGAACUGACAGUCGACUUUUAAAAAAGUCGACUGAACAGCCACGAGCAAAUCUGAAUUGCCAUAAUGAGUCCGUUUGAACGCGUUCAAACGUCUGCGCUCCAAACCGCUAGGCUCCUGCUCGCGUCCACCAGUGAAGAUGCAAACGAUUUUUAGAGUUGGAUAAGUUCGGAGACAGUCUAACAAUCUUUUUCGUGCGAACGCAAAAGUUUUUAGACUGACUUCAGUGAAAUCCUCCUCGGUGACUAAGCAGACUUCUUAAACCGACCAUAAAGACGUGCCAUUCGAGUGCGACUUGACUGAGCACAUCAUGUACUCUGAUUUUUCAGAUGAAGUCCGCUGUGGUACCUACAGACAGCUGUUUCACCCAGAACAGUUAAUAACUGGCAAAGAAGACGCUGCAAACAACUAUGCUCGCGGGCACUACACUGUCGGAAAAGGAGUUGUUGAUCUUGUGCUCGACAAGAUUAGAAAGCUGGUAAGUAUAGCGUUUUUAAUUUUUUUCUAUUUUAUAAUUUUCUUUCAAGACAGCCAUAUUAGCUAUAUCUAUUCGUUACUAGGCAGACCAAUGCACUGGCUUGCAAGGAUUCCUUGUUUUCCACUCAUUUGGUGGAGGUACUGGAUCUGGCUUUACAUCUCUUCUCAUGGAGCGACUGUCUGUCGACUAUGGCAAGAAAUCCAAAUUGGAGUUCUCUAUCUACCCUGCACCACAAGUUGCAACGGCAGUGGUUGAACCUUACAACUCCAUUCUUACCACUCACACCACCUUGGAACAUUCUGACUGUGCCUUUAUGGUGGAUAAUGAAGCUAUUUAUGACAUCUGUCGUCGUAACUUGGACAUAGAAAGACCAACUUACACCAACCUGAACCGUCUGAUUGGUCAGAUCGUAUCCUCCAUUACUGCUUCACUGCGCUUUGAUGGUGCAUUGAACGUUGACUUGACUGAGUUUCAGGUAGGAUGUUAACAAAUCACUCAACCUUGGAUGGGCGUGGCUAUAAUGUGAUAGUGCUAGUUGAAUUUUAUAGUAAAGCUUUUGUCCUCUCAGUCUUCGUGUACCGAAGAAAUACGAGGAGCAUCACUGAACACUAAUGAAAACUAAGGGAGUAAGCAACUCGAAGUAAUGUCUGAAAUUCAGGCUAAAAAAAGAAGAUGAUAAAUAUAUGAACAAGUUGAAGAAUUAAGUUCUGGGAAAUUCACUUUUGUUGACAGGCCACAUUCUACAAGUAACAGUAACAAUAGUUCGCACCCUAUUUUUGUCUCACUUGGAAAUCAAAACGGGGAAAGGCCAAGCGAAACGAAAUUUAACCCGACCACGUAAGAGGGAAUGUAUGAAAGCUGCUAAAAAUUUGCUAGAUCUCAAAUUAUAGAAACUUUUAAAAUUCUAAAAUUUCUUUUGAGUGCUAGAACUCUUUCAUUUUUUCUUCUCUAAAGAACUAUCAGCAUUGAAUUCAGCCGGAUUCAAUUUUUAAGUAAUUAAGAGCAAAAACUGAAAAUAACAUCUUUUUUAGAUUUAUGAAGUCGGAAUAAGUUUUGAAGUUGCUUAGAUAAGUCUGGCAUUGAGGAUUCCUUUACCAAGGUUUACCGCUUUAUGUUGAUAUUGUGACCUUUAUACUACUACAGGAGAAAUUUCUGCAAUUUGAUUGGCUUAGAGCAGUGGUAUUUCAGCUUAAUUUGAAAUACCUACAUGUGAAAAUUACAAACCUUCGGCGGGUAGUAGUAUAAACAAAUAAUAGCAGGAUUUGUACAUGAUAUUUGGCAUAAAUACCACUCGUUAUAUUUCAAUUACGUAUAAAAAUUUUGAAAUAUCACUCGUAGUAUUUAUGCCAAAUAUCACUACAAAUCAUGCUAUUACCUAUACUAAUUCAUUUCACACAUUUUUUUAGACCAACCUGGUUCCAUAUCCACGUAUCCACUUUCCAUUGGCCACUUAUGCUCCAGUUAUCUCUGCUGAAAAAGCCUACCAUGAACAGUUGAGUGUUGCUGAAAUCACAAAUGCCUGUUUUGAGCCAGCCAAUCAGAUGGUAAAAUGUGACCCACGUCACGGCAAAUAUAUGGCUUGCUGUCUGCUGUUCCGUGGUGAUGUAGUACCUAAGGAUGUGAAUGCAGCUAUAGCAACAAUCAAAACCAAGAGAACCAUUCAGUUUGUGGACUGGUGCCCAACUGGCUUCAAGGUGUGUAGGCUCCUCGGUUUAGCUAUUUUCGCUGCUUGCCUUCCCAGUUUCUUUUAGCUGCAAAAAGUUAAGAAACUCAGCAUUAAAUCCAAAAUUUCUAAUUUUAACAAUUGUUUGGAACUGAUUCAUUUUACAGGUUGGCAUCAACUACCAGCCUCCCACAGUUGUUCCUGGUGGUGACUUGGCCAAGGUUCAGCGUGCUGUUUGUAUGUUGAGUAACACCACAGCUAUUGCUGAGGCCUGGGCCCGUCUGGAUCACAAGUUUGAUCUGAUGUAUGCCAAGCGUGCUUUUGUCCACUGGUAUGUGGGUGAGGGUAUGGAGGAAGGAGAGUUCUCUGAGGCUCGUGAAGAUUUGGCUGCUCUGGAGAAGGAUUACGAGGAAGUUGGCUUGGAUUCUGCUGUUGAAGGGGAAGAGGAAGGCGACGAAGAAUAUUAAUUAACUGAAUAAUGCAAAAGAGCCGCUCGGAGGGAAAGUUGUAUACUGCACGUGUAAAAGUUUAUCUUAGAAUAACCGUCUUACAUUGAAUAAAGCGCUUUUCUCGUUUACUUGACUCAAGUUUACAUAUUUGUCUCGACUUGAAACCCACAAUGGAGAGAUGAAACCAUAAAAAGCACGGAGUCUACAAGCAUCCAGACUCAUCCUAUCAUAGACACUAGCUCAGUUUUCACUUGCUAGAGAUCAGAUGCCCGUGCCUGAAAGGUCCCGUUGCGGACUUUUCCUGAAGGCCGAGCGUGCGGGGCUUCGGAGUUGGUCAAAGAUCUUAAGCCUGAAAGUCAGUGAGUUCUAGCUCACUGUCAACCCAGAGUACAAUUUUAAUUGCAGUGACUCGUGCAUGUUAAGAGCGCGCUUAAAAUCAUUUUACGUAAUCUGGAUUGCUUUCUGGUCAAAAAAAAAACCUCAGGACCUCACGGUAGAGGGCCCUAAGAAACCUCGCCCCUAGAUUAUAGGAGCUUAAGCAACCACCACGGCAACGGCAGCGAAAACGUCACUUAAAAAUCGAAUUCACGCUUUUUCAACCUCCCAUCAUUUCAUUCAAUUUGUCAAAUGUUGGAGAAUUUUUCAGGAGUUGAUUCUAAAGGACUGUAUCUAAGUUCAGAAAAAGAAAAAGAAAAUUGUCGUCUUGUGUUCACUUCCCUCCAUAAAACGAGAAACUAGAUGGUUUCACAUUGUAGUCGUGAAACAACGGCAAAGAAAUGUACAAAAAAGGGUGAUGCACGUGCAGAGUUGCAGUUGUUUUGUGCUUUUGUGCCGUUCUCGUUGCCGUCCCCGUCGUCGUUGCAUAAGCUCCCUAAAAGAAGAGCGGGUCGCGCUCCUCUUAUUUUCUAGGGGAAUAUCUAUGUACGAGGAUGGACCUUCUGUACGGGUUAAGAAGUACGCAAGUGGUCAUGAGGUUUCUCCUUCUCGACAUGCAACGCGCUUUAUAUUUGGGAUCAAAUAGCAGUUACACUCAAGAUGUAUGGAAAAGGAUUCUGUUCUUGAGCCAGGUUUUUGCUCAGGACUGUGCCGUUGAGAGAUCCAUACCUUGAUACUGCUUAAUAUCAAGAAAGGACCUGAAACAGGAAGACAACCUUCGGUUUUUAACCCUGUUUCAAUGGGAUAUCACUGGAAGAAAACUUGAAAGGGUCUUUCGCCAAGACCCUGUUCAGGGAAGAGAGAACAAACACAUAUCACCGGGAAAGGAACAAACGAUACCUUUGGCCCUGCGUCAACACAAUGCAAGCAAGCUAUUACCCGACACGUAAUACUCCGGAAAAUGUAUCGUACCACAUUUUCUUGUUAAUUUAGUGGCAUCAUCAACACCCUACGAGAAGAGCCCGAUAUUUUGUCUUUGGUGAAUUGGAGACUCUACCUGACUCAAACCUUUGAGGUCGCCGCAGCCCAAAUUCUGGACUAGUCAAUCUCGUUCUCUCUCUUCACACUGUUUUUUUUUUUGAGUGCGAGCAUCCGUUUAUUGAUAAACCGAUGAUCAUAACCGAGCCUGCUGUACCAAGCACGCAGCUAUUAGGCCUGGGUUCGAAACUAUAUCCUAGCAACAUGCUGUGCAUGCUCAACAAAGAUCUUACUCGGUUCAUGCAGUACAACAAAAUCGAGCAAGCGAUAGAGAGGCGCUGCUGACAAGGUGUGGCAUCAACUGAAUAUAUUGGUAAUCAAAUAAAGUUCAAUAAAUAUUAUGGGAAGGAACUGUCUCCCAAAACAUUGGUACCCCAUGUGUUUCAUACGUUUUUCGCUCAAGAUCCCAGUGGCUCACCUUUUUUGUUUCAAAAACGAUGCUUGUCAAUCCCUCCAAAAACCGAGUUUUAAUUUCUCUUUAUGCAUUAGUUUAUAAAAAAAAACGUCAGAAUUUGAGAAAUUAAUAACAGAUAGUGUAACUAUGACAAAAUUUCAAGGCGAUUUUAGACUGCUCAACUAGAUAUUCUGAACAGGAAAACCACUAAUAUAAAGUAUAGAUUUCGAUUCGUUGCUUCUUUUAGUUCGUUGAUCAAUUGCCCCUUUCUUUUGUCCCUGUUUUGCUACGCGAAGUCUUUCAUACGUUUAAGAAAGAAUAAAAUUGAUGACUUGAUUGUCGAAUUAUACAAGGGGAGCUUUUAUGUUGGCACAGGGAAGGCUUACCUGCGUGCAGACGUCUCCUAUUAAGGAGAAAGCUGCACGCAGGCUAAGCGAAGGCAAUAUUAAUGCAAAAAAAUGGUCAUAAAUGUAAUAAGGUUUCUAGCUUAGGAGCAAGCCGUUCUUGACGCAGUGGUGCGGUUUCCUUUCCUCUUCUUGAGAUGAUAAAAUAUCCUUGAAUCGGGAGGUUUGUGUUUUUCACGGUUGUCUUUUUCCAAUGCUUGUCAGAAAUAUUUAAAAAACUCGUCUUGUAAUUUUUUUACUUGCAUUUACAAUACUGUCCGGUUAUCACCAGAAUUGUGUUGUACUUUCUAUUUAGGCAUUAUCAUCAGGACAUACAAGUAAAAGUGAUGCGGCUGACAGAUAAAUUUUAAUAUUUUUUCUGAAUUUUAUAGGCAUUUUUUAUUGAAGGGCAAAAAAAGUUUAGGCUUUAAAAAUUUUCCUUGAAAAAGGAGAAAAAAAAAAAAAACAAAGCAAAACCAAAAAAAAAUAGGGUGUUGGUCUAUUAACCUAAAAAAUAUUAUCAUUGAAUUUACCACACAUUGUGUAUUUGACGCUUCGAUCUGCAUUAUUUUUCCCGCUAAGCCAAUGAAUUUAUUUUAAUCAGAUUGAAUCUAAAUAAAAAUUAAUCUCAUACAGACUUUCCAUCCUAACAUUUUGAAUCUAUGCAAAUUUUUGGCGAUUAUGAAGUCAAACCAUUAGCUCGGAACACCUGCGUUGUCAAGGAACAUAAUAAAUAUAAUGUUUUGUGCUUGAAAGAAAUUAUUCAUUCCACACCCUUUCUUCGAAAGCCGUCACUGCUAUUUCGGAGCUUGGAUAUUCUCAAUUUCCCAGCUUCACUUCCUUCUAGAAAUAGAAACUACCGAGAUUGCAAAAUGGUACCGAGACUUAUUCCUAUUUAAGUUUUCUAAAGCUUUUAUUCUUUUUGAUCAUUCAACUUUAACUUUGUUAUGAAAUCCGUUUGCUUAGGUUUCACUCUGAUUUUCGCCUAAGACUUCUCCUCAAACGCGGGAAAAAGGUUACUCAUUGUUAGUGUUUUUUUUCUUUUUUUGCAGCGCGAGUGUAUUUCAGUCCACGUUGGCCAAGCCGGAGUUCAGAUUGGAAAUGCUUGUUGGGAGUUGUACUGCUUGGAGCAUGGAAUUCAGCCUGAUGGUCAGAUGCCGAGCGACAAAACCAUCGGCGGUGGAGAUGAUUCUUUCAACACGUUCUUCGCUGAAACCGGUGCAGGAAAACACGUACCACGCGCAGUGUUCGUCGAUCUGGAACCAACUGUUGUUGGUAAGAAUUUUUUAUAAAAGAAGUCUUACAUGUAUAAAGAAGAGUAUUUCCUUCAAAUGGGUGGCGUUGUCUCGGAACUACCCAUGAAUAAGUUAUUCUCCAGGUACAAUUGCUAAUCCUCGCAGUGUCGUACACAUGUUGAUUCAGCUGUCACCAAUAAGCAUCUAAUGACGCAGUGAAGUGUAAAAAGGUUUUAUGAUCAGAAAGCUACUUUUCGCACCUAUAGUUUUAUGCUUUCAUUUAAGAUAAUUGGCUUUCAGUUUAUAGCACAACUCACAAUACAGCAUAUAACUGAAGGAAGCCAUUGCCACAUUUUCAAAAAUAAUGUCUCGCACGAUUGAAAGAAAUGGUUAUCUGUUCACUAUCAGCCAACUCGCAAAAACUAACACUCAAACGCUAGAGGCUCCCCACUCAGAAGUGUUUCUUUUCUCUUUAAUUAAGACCAGAAUUUUUUUCCUUUCUGCAGAUGAAGUCCGCACAGGCACCUACAGACAGCUGUUUCACCCAGAACAGUUGAUAACCGGCAAAGAAGAUGCCGCUAACAACUAUGCUCGUGGGCACUACACUGUUGGAAAGGAAAUGAUCGAUCAGGUUCUGGACAAGCUGAGAAAACUGGUAAGAGUGACGUUCAUGUGCUGUUUCAGUAAUUCUUAAAGUUCGUUUUAGUUAAUGGCGGUAGGGCAUAAUACAGACCAUCUGCGCUUGGGAAAACAAAGGAUCAACAAGGUCGGAGAGUAGGGACCCGAGGGAUUGGGCACGAGUCUUCCCAGGCCUUUUGCUUUGUUUCCCCGUUGACUCCUCGAGAGCCAUGUACACUCAGACUAUUCCGCACCUUCAAACUGAUGAGACGGGCUAGUGAUUAUUACUAGUAAAUAAAAAUGCACGUAAAAAACACCAUCAGCAGGCUUUAUAGGCUCCAUUACCAGCCGCUGUUCGGGAAAAUGAGGAUCAAGACCGGACCCGGGAGACGGCGGAAAUCGAGCCUACCGGCUUUAGUAACUGUCAUUCCAAUGACGGAACUGAAUGUUUCACUGCGGAUAUAACUAUGCCUAUGUAGGUACGUGUAGGAACAUGUUGCUAAUCAGUUAGAAAAAAAUAAUUCCAUUAACUUAAGGCUAACUGGCGUUAACAUUUUCCUGGCGUGGCUUUUGUGGUUCAUUUAUCUUUGGUUAUUCAUUACCAUCCACGACAUCCAGUGCAAGGAUAAUCAAAAUCUAUAAACCAAGGACAAAAUUGAAAUAUGACAUGUUCAAGAAACUCACUUUCUUUUACAAGCUAUUUGAUAAAGAACAUGUAAAACAGACAAAAUAAACCGUGGUUUUAAACUUAAUGCGCAUAGUUGAAAGCAUAUAACUGAAAAAGAAAACUAAACGAAUUUGACAAUUUUGAUUUUCUGUGCAUGUAUAUCCUAGGCUGACCAAUGCACAGGACUGCAAGGAUUCCUUAUCUUCCACUCUUUUGGUGGAGGUACUGGUUCUGGCUUCACAUCUCUGCUCAUGGAACGUCUGUCUGUUGACUAUGGCAAGAAAUCCAAAUUGGAGUUCUCUAUCUACCCUGCACCACAAGUUUCAACGGCAGUGGUUGAACCUUACAACUCCAUUCUGACCACUCACACCACCUUGGAACACUCUGACUGUGCCUUUAUGGUGGAUAAUGAAGCCAUUUAUGACAUCUGUCGCCGUAACUUGGACACAGAAAGACCAAGUUACACCAACCUUAACCGUCUGAUUGGUCAGAUAGUGUCUUCCAUCACUGCUUCACUGCGCUUUGAUGGUGCACUGAAUGUCGACUUGACUGAGUUCCAGGUAGGAUAUCAACAACGUACUUGCCGAACCACGUUUCAUUUAUUCACGCGUUGUAAUCUAAAUGAGUCGGUAGGAAAUGCGUGAAAAGCUUUCAAGAUUCCAUGGUAGUUUACUAGCGACGAAGUAUCAUCAGUAACAAUUGGGCUGGAGCCUUUGUUACGUACAUGUUUUGGCUCGCUGUAUCCUUUAUUCAUUUACCCCCUUUGUUUAAAUGUUUCUGUUUGGAUGAUAAUAAGUUUAAAGGAUUGAUUACGGAUGGACUGAAUCUCAACCCAGAUAUUCCUGGAAAGACGUAAUUUAUCAGCUCUUUAGUGGAGUUAAUAUUAAUAUUGGUAUUUUUGAAAAGUUAUUUGUCUUUUUGACAGACCAACUUGGUUCCUUACCCACGUAUUCACUUUCCAUUGGCCACUUAUGCUCCAGUUAUAUCUGCUGAGAAGGCCUACCAUGAACAGUUGACAGUUGCAGAGAUUACAAACAUGUGUUUUGAACCAGCCAAUCAGAUGGUAAAGUGUGACCCACGUCACGGCAAAUACAUGGCUUGCUGUCUGCUGUUCCGUGGUGAUGUAGUACCCAAGGAUGUGAAUGCAGCUAUUGCGACAAUCAAGACCAAGAGAACCAUUCAGUUUGUGGACUGGUGCCCAACUGGCUUCAAGGUUUGUUGUCUCCUUAGUUUAGCUAUCUUCGCUGUUAGCCUUCCUAGUUUCUUUUAGCUGCAAAAAGUUAAGAAAAUCAACAUUAAAUCAAAAAUUUCAAAUUUCAACAAAUGUUUGGAACUGAUUCAUUUUUCAGGUGGGCAUCAACUACCAGCCUCCCACAGUUGUUCCUGGUGGUGACUUGGCCAAGGUUCAGCGUGCUGUUUGUAUGUUGAGUAACACCACAGCUAUUGCUGAGGCCUGGGCCCGUCUGGAUCACAAGUUUGAUCUGAUGUAUGCCAAGCGUGCUUUUGUCCACUGGUAUGUAGGUGAGGGUAUGGAGGAAGGAGAGUUCUCCGAGGCUCGUGAAGAUUUGGCUGCCCUGGAGAAGGAUUACGAGGAAGUGGGUGUAGAUUCACAGGAAGCUGGAGAUGAAGACGAAGAAGGAGGAGACGAGUACUAA